AUGUCAGCCUCCCUCCCCCACCGAAGCGUCGCCAACAUCCGAGCUGCUCCCACAUCCUCCUCCCGCAGUGACCGUGACCACUCCGGCACAUCAACGCCCGCGCGUCCAAUUCCUACUUUCAACACGCCAUCCAGCCUUCGAGCAGAGGAGGAGCUCAUUGUUGUCGACUUUGGCACGCGGAAGAUCCAGGUGGGCUUUGCCGGGGACUCAGCGCCUAGGGGCAUCGUUUGGUUUGGUCCGGAGCAGCAGCGGAGGAUUGGUGAUUUCAGGGACUGGCAGACGGAUUAUCAGCAAGAUUGGAGGUCCAAAGCUGCGGGAGGUAAUUGGGGAAGGGAUUAUGAGCUUUGGAGGCCGGAUGUGAGGGGCUUGGAGCUGGGGCAGGUCGGCGAUAAGGUUGAGAAAGCUGUAAGGGAGGCUUACACAAAAUACAUGCUCAUCGACUCUCGUCCACGAAGGAUGGUAUGUGUCGUACCGACAGGUCUCCCCAUCCCUCUUCUAUCAGCCGCUUUGGACAGCCUCUUUCACCGCUUCCAACCACCAACAGUCUCGCUGCUAUCAUCGCCAGUUGCUGUGGCCGUCGCUGCCGGUGUACGCUCCGCGCUUGUCGUCGAUCUCGGCUGGAACGAGACGAUAGUCACAAGCGUCUAUGAGUACCGCGAAGUGGCAACUAAGAGAACAGUCAGAGGAGGAAGGAGGUUGACGGAGGAGACUCACCGUUUCCUUGCCAAAGAACUUGGUCAUGUCCAACGAGACAACAGAGACGACAAGCAAGAAUAUGUCUUGUCCUUUGAAGAGUGUCACGACAUUGCGAACCGGCUGGUCUGGUGCAAGCCCUUCAAGGCAGAGAAGACACCCAAAUCCUCACCUCCACAACUAGCAUCACCAGAAGGAGAAGGGCUGGCCACUGUUGAAGAAAGCGACGAGGACAAACCCGCCAUUACCAUUACCACCACCGCCACCACUGCCGGCGAGAAACCACUACCUCCACCACCCAAAGUCACCACCGUCCCGCUCCGCUCCGGCCGAUCCCCAACUUCCGUCGAGGUAACCUUUGACCAACUCUCCGAGCCCUGCGAAAGCACCUUCUUCGACUCCCAAUACUCUCUCUCCAGCUUCGACGACCACGAGAUACCGGUGCACUUACUAGUCUACCGCGCCCUUCUCCAGCUUCCUCUCGACGUCCGAGCGCUCUGCAUGUCCCGAAUCAUCUUCACGGGCGGGGGUACCACGGUCUUGGGUCUACGCAAGCGCAUUUUUGACGAAGUGUGCCACAUUGUUCAGGAGAGGGGGUGGGACCCCGUCUACGGAAAAGCCAAGGAACAACUACGGACGAACCCGAAACUGAAGAAGAGGCACGGCAGGCAGACAACAAACAACAGCAACAGCAGCAGCAGCAGCAAUAACAACAACAGCAACACUUUGACCACGCCCGGGGUAAGCGGACAAGAAGAAGACGGCAUCUGGCAUGACGCGGCCAACUCGGUCCCGGAAGUCGAUCCGAUCGAGGCACAACUUGCUCGUACCAACCCCUCCGCGAACGGCCGCAAACCCCUCCAAGGCCAGCUACGAGCGAUCGAGUCCCUCGGCCCCUGGGCAGGCGGCAGUCUCAUUACCCACCUGAAGGUUUCUACGGUGUCUACAAUCGACAAAGACCAGUGGACCCAGCACGGCGUCACUGGGGCAACGGUCAGGCAAGCAGAUGUGGAGGCCAAGACGCAGCAAAGACUAAGCUGGAACGCGAUGAACAGGGGUGGGAGGGAAGGGAAGGAGCCGUGGACUUUGGGCGUCUGGGGGGCUGCUUGA